AUGUCUUCCUCCAUCAUUCGCCGCGCAGUCAUUGCGCGUCCUGCCCUCAGAUGUAGGACUGUUGUGAACUCUGUUAGAUCAUAUGCGACCCCUUCAAACGAGGAAAUCGACCCUCAACUCAAUGGUUAUCCUCAACUUCCAUGGAAGUCCAGACAGGAACUUCCACCCUUAGGCUGGCAAGAUCCCUUGUACAGAAGAAACUUUGGAGACACGCUUCAUGAACAAGAAGAAGUUCUGUCUAUGUGGGGUCCCGACGUACCGCCAAUCGCCCCCAACACCGCUGUGCGCCAUUUCCUUAUUGCGGCCGCUGGUUUCGUCGCAUUUGGCUUUGGCGUCAAAUAUGUCUUACUUCAAGAUGCACCCGUAAUCCGCCGUGAAUACCCUUAUGACGGUCUUGUUAAAGAAUUGGGCGGCCUGGAGGAGAACAAGGCACGUAUAGUUAACUCGCUGUCGUAA